AUGAUGCUCAUCUUUAUUUCUAUCUUCCUCUUUCUAUUCCCUUCCAGUCUUUGCCUUCCAGAUGAGCCCUACCACUAUUACUUACAAUCAAAACCCAAAAACCCUACCAAAUCAUCGAACCUCACCUUCUACCUCUCUUCCUCCAUUACUCUAAAUGGCCACACAAACUACGUCCUCCUAACGUCCUCAUCCUUAGCCCAGCCGCUUCAUCUUUACGCCGGUGACGGCUCGAUAACCCUCGACAUCUCUAACGUGAUUGGCGCGAGCUCGCAAGCGCCCCUCCUACUCGCGGACAACGACGGGCUGAACAGCGUGUACAAGCAAGUUAUAUUGGGGGAUCAGAUGGCGGGGCAAUAUACGAAGGGGUUCAAGUUUAAUAGGACGUUGUUAGUCGUGGAAAAGGAGGGAUUUGGUGGGUUUGUGGCUUGUACGGCAGCGAAAGGAAUCAAGCAGGUAUAUUGGUACCGCAGCGGAGAAAGGGGAGACGCUCAGGUUGGAUGUGAGGAGGUGGAGUUUGAGAGGGCUGGCUUUAUUCUCGAUAUCAGUUUUAUGUGGUUGCAAUUGUGGUCGGUGGCUUGUCGAUCGAAUUUGAUCUGCAGGGUUGGUGCCGUAAAAGACGCGGGCAUUAUGGAAUAUGCUGCUGAAAAUGGAAACAUAUUCGGUACAUCUGAUAGCAACGGUCCACGCACUGAACUGGGUGUAGAAAUUGCCUACUUGGAGGAUAUCCAAUGGGCAGUCCGCGUCAGGUCGCGCUGA